AUGGAUAAAUUCCGUGAGAAAAUUACCAAUUUGCGCACCGAGGCUGACGCAGCCAAUGCCAAAGUCGAGGAACUGGAAUCCAAGAUCAAAGCGAUGGAACAGGAACAAACGCAACAGGAACAUGAAGUCAUCUCGCUGAGUAAUCAGAAUAAGCAUUUGGAAGAAGAGUUGGAGAAGGCAUUGCAGAAAAUCCAGGAACUCAAGAGCCUGGAAGAGGAGAAUGAAGAAUUGAAAAAGGAGAACGAUUCCGUUCAACGUAAAAUGUCGGUCUUGGAGAAAGAAUUAGAGAAUUCCGACAAGUCCCUACGGGAGACGACCAAAAAUUUCCGAGAAGCGGACGUCAAGGCUGAACACUUUGAGCGCAAAGUGCAACGAUUAGAAAAUCAGUUACUGGAACAGGAAAGCAAGACGGAAGAGUACAAACUCAAGAAUCAGGAGUUGCAGGCACAAUUAGAUGAGUUUAAUGCCCAGUUGGAAGAUAUCUAA